GCAACUCCAAUAUUGACAGCACCACUGGAAGAGGAGACUAGCUUGACAGACAUUCUAGUGAGAAAACCCUCAUCCUCUUCUGCUUCAGUAAAUCCGAUGGUGCUGCUGGAGCUCUUCUCAAUGUACCGUGAUUGGCAGGAGGCAAAAAUCCAGACGAUUAGUAAGAAACAGGAAGAGGUAGAAAACAAGAUAGAAGUUGCAGAUGCUUUGACAGGUAAACUUCUUCAGCGUUUUAAUUAUUCAGUCUCAACAAUGAAGACUACUUCGCAUCAUCUAUCAGAAGUUCAUGUAUUGCAGGUUGAUCUUGGGGAGCUGAAGGGAAGGUUGACUGAGGUGAUUAGCAACUGUGAUUCAUUAUGCAAGAGAAUCAAUGCAGAGGGACCCGAAUCACUGAGAUCAUCUGUCAAGCCAUUUUCAGUGACCUCAGCAGACCUGGAAACCAGCUGUCGCUCCCAUGGAAAGAGCGUUAAAUAGAAGCCUGUCUACCAUGGAAUCCAAGUUAGACUGACUUGCUCAUUUACUUUUUGUUGUAAAUUUUCCAAGCAUUUGUCAAUCAUGGUUGUAGAAAUUGAGGUUAUACCCCCGGGGCCGGACUAGUGCAGUUUGAUCAUGCUUCUCUGAUUAGCACCUGGUUUUGUCAUGGUCAGAAAAGAAGAAUAGAGCACUUGUACACCAAUCUCCCUUUUGUAUCCUACCCGUUGUUCAUAAUUCAAUAAAACCUGUGUUUGUGCCAUCGUUUCACAGCUUUUAUGUUCUUUUAUCCGUUGUAAUGUUACAUGUACUUCAUGUAGUUGUUUCAUUCAAUCUUCAAUGUUAUCCAACUAUAGAGUGUUUUUCACUCAUCUUUUAGAA